GGGGCCCUGGCCAGCCGCGCGAGCCGCGGCGCCCGGGCUCAGCCCCGACCAGAUCUCCACCUCUCGACUCCGAGCAGUUGCACCAGCGGUGCUGGCCACAGCGCGCCUGGCGCGCGGCAACUGCGGCGCGCGGCAACUGCUGGCCAAGAUCAGGGGAAGCCAAGAAUCGGAAAUCCUGCUCACCCUAGCGCGGUAGCGACCGCGGCGUCGUGCUCCCUGUCCGAGCGCGCCUGGGCGGCCUUCUGCUUCCACGCGGGGAUCGGCUUGCCGUUCAGGUCAGUCGCCGGCGCGAUCUACGGCAUCGCCGCCUCCAGCUCGGCCUUCCGAGGGCCCCGGCGCCCGGCGCCGCCGCGGCGACCC